CUGGGGCUCUCUUUUCCUCUAGCCCAGCCUUCCUAGCCAGCCCGCGACAACCCGCUCCAGGAACCUGGCCUCAGAGAAGCCGCACUUCCCGGGCACCAUGCAGUGGAUCAGGGGCGGAUCAGGAAUGCUGAUCACUGGAGAUUCCAUCGUUAGUGCUGAGGCAGUAUGGGAUCACGUCACCAUGGCCAACCGGGAGUUGGCAUUUAAGGCUGGCGACGUCAUCAAAGUCUUGGAUGCUUCCAACAAGGAUUGGUGGUGGGGCCAGAUCGACGAUGAGGAGGGAUGGUUUCCUGCCAGCUUUGUGAGGCUCUGGGUGAACCAGGAGGAUGGGGUGGAGGAAGGGCCCAGUGAUGUGCAGAAUGGGCACCUGGACCCCAACUCAGACUGCCUGUGCCUGGGCCGGCCACUCCAGAACCGGGACCAGAUGCGGGCCAAUGUCAUCAAUGAGAUCAUGAGCACUGAGCGUCACUAUAUCAAGCACCUCAAGGACAUUUGUGAGGGAUAUCUGAAACAGUGCCGGAAGAGACGGGACAUGUUCAGUGAUGAGCAACUGAAAGUAAUCUUUGGGAACAUUGAAGACAUCUACAGGUUUCAGAUGGGCUUCGUGAGAGACCUGGAGAAACAGUACAACAAUGAUGACCCCCACCUCAGUGAAAUAGGACCCUGCUUUCUAGAACAUCAAGAUGGAUUCUGGAUAUACUCUGAGUAUUGUAACAACCACCUGGAUGCCUGCAUGGAGCUUUCCAAACUGAUGAAGGACAGCCGCUACCAGCACUUCUUUGAGGCCUGUCGUCUCUUGCAGCAGAUGAUUGACAUUGCAAUUGAUGGCUUCCUUCUGACUCCAGUGCAGAAGAUCUGCAAAUAUCCCUUACAGUUGGCUGAGCUCCUCAAGUACACAGCCCAAGACCACAGUGACUACAGAUAUGUGGCAGCUGCUUUGGCUGUCAUGAGAAAUGUGACUCAACAGAUCAACGAACGCAAGCGACGUUUGGAGAAUAUUGACAAGAUUGCCCAGUGGCAGGCCUCUGUUCUAGACUGGGAGGGUGAGGAUAUCCUAGACAGGAGCUCGGAACUGAUCUACACUGGGGAGAUGGCCUGGAUCUACCAGCCCUACGGCCGCAACCAGCAGCGGGUCUUCUUCCUGUUUGACCACCAGAUGGUUCUCUGCAAGAAGGACCUAAUCCGGAGAGAUAUCCUGUACUACAAAGGCCGCAUUGACAUGGAUAAAUACGAGGUAAUUGAUAUUGAAGAUGGCAGAGAUGAUGACUUUAAUGUAAGCAUGAAGAAUGCUUUCAAGCUUCACAACAAGGAGACGGAAGAAGUACACCUGUUCUUUGCCAAGAAGCUGGAGGAGAAAAUACGUUGGCUCAGGGCUUUCAGAGAAGAGAGGAAAAUGGUACAGGAAGAUGAAAAAAUCGGCUUUGAAAUAUCUGAAAACCAGAAGAGGCAGGCUGCAAUGACUGUGAGAAAAGUCCCUAAACAAAAAGGUGUCAACUCUGCCCGCUCCAUUCCUCCUUCCUACCCACCACCACAGGACCCGUUAAACCAGGGCCAGUACCUGGUCCCCGAUGGCAUCGCUCAGUCGCAAGUCUUUGAGUUCACCGAACCCAAGCGCAGCCAGUCACCAUUCUGGCAAAAUUUCAGCAGGUUAACCCCAUUCAAAAAAUAAUACCUACAGGGAGGCAGAUAAUUUUAAAAUAAACUAAAUAAAAUUAUAUUUAUAGAUGGACUUUUUUCGGAGAAACACUGUUGAAAAUAUAUAUGUGUGUGUGUAUAUACGUAUAUACAUAUAGAGAGACAUAUAUAGACAUAUGUAUACACACAGACCCUUGAGUAUAUGCACACACACGCUUGUGUGGGCAUGUGCAUGCAUAUGUGUGCACAUACCACACACAUACACAUACACAUACACAGACAUGCAUACACAUUCAGAGAAGGACCAAAAACGUUUUCUGUUGUUUUUGGUUUGUGAAAUCUAUAGGUGGUAGGAGAGGUACAAAUGACUUCCAAACAAGUGAACCCCUCUUAAAACUUUACAGUUCUUAACCUGUUCCCUUUCUCUUUUCUUUCAGAGAUUGCCAUUUCUAUGUUAUUUUUCUUGUUAAGAUACUCUUUGCUCCUCUGUGAGUGAUUCAUUGACUUUUUAUUAUUACCAUAGAUGUAUUUGUAUUAGUUUUCUUUUAUGAUAAUAGAGA